UUAUAUAUAAAGUCACAGCAUAUGCUUUAAUUUCUUGUUAAUUUUAUAAUGACGAGUAGCGAUAUUCUCUAUUUGCAUCGCCGAAUGCGCAUGCGUGGUGCACUCAAAACAACACAAACCCAUCACAGACAUGGCGGCUCGCCUCUAGUGCCCGAGGUGAACUGAAAGCUUGAAGUCUGGAAUAGUUUUCACGAAAGACGUACGGGCUGGCUAUGGAGUUCGUUGACUGAGGGUGUCUGACAAUAGUGGACAGCGGCCUAGGUUUCCAUACAAAUGCAGUUCUAGUUGCAGGAAUUGGACCGGAUGAUUACUCAGAAAAAUACCUUAUGAAUAUCUGUUAACAAUUCCCUGUCUGCUCAGAAGGGGGACGCGACCCGAUUAAGAUUAUAGCUUUCUUGCUGCGGGCUUCACCCUAAGCCACUAUUGUCAGCAGCGCAGUGAAUAACUUUUAUCAAGUUAUACCUUGUUUCAUCAAUUACUCAAUGAAAUAUGAGUAAAGAACUUUGUUGGAGGUAUUAAUCGACAUCAGUUCGAGUGGUGCAAUAGAACCAAGUGCAAAUGAGUUAAUGGUGUGCUUCAGUUUGACGCCGCCGGCGGCGCGUUGUUGCUCUUGUUGUUGUAAAUUUGUCGACGAUCGUCAGACAUCGCAUUGACGACUGUAGCGAAUGUAGUAUUCGCUAAGUUGUGAUGUUGUUCUUGUUAGUGCUACAGUUAUAUUCGUUUGUGUUCCCGAAAACAGCCACCAGACCCGUGUUGUCGUUUGUGAAAAUAAACUUACACAGUUUUCAAAUUGGAAACCGAUGCGGAGCCAUCAUCCUAUGCCUUGUGAAGUGGACGAGCCCCCGCGGCGACAGAACUGUCCUCCGCCCGAUGGAAUGCUUGGGCAAGUCUUGAUGACCGACUUUUGCACCAUUAUUAACAAUCCCUAAAAUUCGGAGAUCGUUCCUAUAGGACGACUUGUUCAUUGCGGUCCUACUCGGGGAUCAAUUCAUCCGGCCGGAAAAUGUCGACCCUUCAAAUGGGCCAGCAAUUUAGUUCGUAUGAUGAGUUUAUGUCAACCCUGCUGGCGUUUCAGGAAGCAAGCCGGCAUCGUUUCAUCAAGCAUUAUCAGAAGACUGUUCAAUGGGCCACUCAAAAUAAUGUGUGUCCACCACCGCAACCACGCCUGCGUUAUUUUCGGUUGAAAAUGAACUGCAGUCGAAAGGAGUCGAAGGCGGCCGGCGGUGAUUGUGGCACCUGGAUCCGGUUAGGGGUGACGAAAGAUGGCGAGCGAUUGGAAGUGGUGGCGAUGGACCUCAAAGAGUGUGGACCCCCUGCACCUUCCAAUAAUAGUCAUCAAAAUCAAAACUCAGUUAGUAGUCAACCCCCUCCAGGACAUCCACAACCAGCCACUCCUGGGCAACCUCUAGCUCAGACGCAGAUUGGGUGCGACGCUACCGGCAGUGGAGCACCUCCGGCGCAAAGUCCACAGAUGACUCCUAUAAUGGCUUCAAUACAUCCGCAACAGCAGAUGUACUAUGAUCAAGGACAGUCGAUAUACCAGCCUAUGGAACAUCCACCGUCGUAUCAGCCCUCUGGCGGUGGUGUGCAGUAUACGGAACUACAAACAACGGGGUACGUGCCAGUCACUAAUCAGCAGCUAGCUCAAGCAACGACUGGAGGUCCUCAGGAUCCUCAAAAUUUGCAAGGUCUUCCCCCAUUGCCAUCAUUCGGACAUCUCGGUGGUUUCCAGCAACCGGUGCAGGCUGUGCAGUCAAUAACUGUUCAGCAUGGGUAUCAGUCGGAAGCAACAACGGCGACAGGCCCACAGCAGGGCCAACAGCAGCCGCCAGCUCCACCACCCCAACCUAGUGGGCAGCAACAGCAGGUUCAUCAUCAACAGUAUGCUACAUCAGGUCCGCCUCCUGAACAUAUGUACUCUUCUCAUCCACAGGGAGGAUACCAGCAGAUGGAAUACCACCCCCCUAUAUCGUACCACCCAGCACCACAACAUCAACAAAAUCCUCAACAUACGACUGCGAUAUUACAACCGCUGUAUUCUGUGCCUUCACAACAACAUCCGCCUCCUCAGCAUUCCCAACAACAGCAAAUGUCGAUACCUACCCUCCCGGCCGGACAUCACCCGCAGCCUGAUGUGUCGUCGACACCGCAAAAUCAGCAAUCGAGUCAGUCUGGACUUCCACAGCAACACCAUUUAGCUCAACAAGUAAAUGUGCCAGGACCUCAAGCACCAACCAGUGUUGUUGUCGGACAACAGCAAGAAUCCGGGCCGGUUGCUGCUAAUACUCCAUUCGGCUCAGAACAGCAACGUCAACAAGUAUACAGUCAACACCAAGCUGGACCACCUCCACCACAGCAUACUCAGCAAGUAUCAGUGGUCCAGCAGGUGGUUCCAUAUGUUGGUGACUACGGGCAGAUUGCAACAGAUGUUAUAACCAGAGGGCAUGCACACGGAGCUCCUCCUUCGUCGCAACCCCCACAUACAUCGCAACCCCAUUAUCAGGAAAUGCAACCUCUUACUGUCGGACAAGCAUCUCAGGUGAUAGAGCUAAAUAGUCGUUCGUCGUCAAUGUCUCAACCACCGCUUACACCUCAUAGUGUUGUGCAAAUAACAGCAUCGCAACAGCAGCAAGGUUACCCUUCUAGCCUAGUUGAAAUAGAUUCAUGCGGGAGUGACCAGGGUCUUCUCUAUGCUGACCUCAGCCAGCCUCAGCUGUCGUAUCAGCACGUUGCAACUCGACAGCACUCAGCUGUUCAUAACGCGCUUGACGGCAGCAGUGAUAACCAACAAGGAGCUACUACAACUGGAUCGAAUCAGAUGCAAAUUGGCUCGCUCGCGACGGUGACACCGACAACUACAACUAAUGCCAACAGGAAGAAAAAAAGUAAAGCAUGCAGUCUACAGCAGCAGCAGACACAGCAGCUGCCUGCAACAGAGCCAACGUCUUCAUUACAGAAGGCCACUACGCCAGGAACGAUUCGCGCCUCUGUAAACGAUUCUCAUCAUCAAAACAACAGCAAUCGUCAAGUAGUACAUCUAAAAGAUCUCACAUCAAAAGUCCCUGCUCUGAAGGCCGGUCCAAGAAACACAUCAACACUGGAAGCUCUUCUUGGGAAUUCGGGUCCAAGAGGCACGUCAGGAUCCUCUGUGGGGGCCUCCGCGCGGAACUCUGCUCACUCUAAAGCCGAGUCCGAGGGCUCCGUUGCCGGAGGCGUGCCAACUGGGACAAACAGAAUCCAAACAAAUUCGACAAGAUCCACUUCACUCGAACUCAGAAAUAGUGGAGGAACAGAGGCCGUGCCGCAUCUUCAUCUCGGCCAGACCUACUGCUCUUACAAAUUGGCGGAACAAGCCGUCGAGAACUACGCAUCACCGAAAGGUUUUAAAUUUCGGAAAAUCGGCUCGAUGUUACUUAAGCGGAUCGAGGGCAAGGAGAAACUCAAAGAGCAAUUUGCGAAUGCUACGGCGGAUCCUGGUAUCAAAUACUUUGCACUCAAGUUCCGUUGCGUACGCUCGAGGCAGCUCACGAUGGUGUCAAAUUAUGUCAAGAAGAAAAAAGAUGACGAUGGACACACCAUUCAAGAGUCUCCCAUUCCCAUGGAUACCAACCAGAACAACAAUGAUUCUACCUCAAAUAGUAGCAAGGUGCCUAUGGGAUCGUGUAGCGCGCGCAUUACGUUUCAGCUAAAUGCACGCGGGACAGGCCUGGAAGUUAAACAGUUGGACGAAUCCCAUGAUCAUCCUCCGGAUGAUGAGCUACGAGAGAAGUUCACACAGGGAAUUGCUCGAACUUCUCUUACAGGAGCCCUGAACAAGCUAGCUCGACCGCCUGUAAAGGGCGUUAAGCGUUCAACAACAGCACUAUUAAGUGGUGUUACACUACCUAAAAUUGUGCCAGUUAUAGGGGCAGAUUCUGUGGGUGGUGGGGGUUGCCGUACGGCGCAUCCAGGCUCUGACCAUAGCCAUGACUCCCGACAGAAGGGCGGUUCUGGUGGAGGUGGUUGUUUAAAUUUACCUUUAGACGACUCCUUUUUAAACGAACACCUGGUGAGCGAACAAUUGCAGAUGAUGAAUGGCGAUGAGGAAGCAGAACCCGAGGUCGACCUAUUAUCCAAUAUCCAAUCACUUGCAGAGGAAAUUGAUAAGUUGAGCGAAACUGACGGGCUCCCAGCUGAUCUCGCUUCACUCGAUGCAGCUCUCAAGCAUGACGACCUGGGCGGUCUUGGACUGGGAGGUCACCUAGGCGUUGAAGGACCUCAUACCCUUGAUAAAGGGCAAGGGCAUAGUCUUAAAGGUCACAAGAUAUCGAGUUGUGACAACAACAAUGUUGUUUCCAAAAAUACUAGUGUCCUCGUUUCCAGUGGAGAGCGGACUUUUCAGUUGGGCCGCAGUGGUGGCCCCGAACCAGGCCAAGGGACGGCCCAGGCGGUCAGAGCGGAGAAUAUCAAACGAGAAAGCGAAGGAGAGACUGUGGAAUGUCACUUUAAAACUAAUGGACACUAUAGAGAAUUAACAGAAGAACAGGUUGUUCCUAAGGACCAAGCCAACAGGACUACUUCACUGGCUGAUGCUACUGAUGGGGUUACCACAAAUACCUCUCAAGUAAAUAGCGAGGCAAUCAAAGUUGAGGGAGAGGAAGGUGGCAAGGUGGUCCCCGAGGUGAACAUUGAAAUCGACGUUAGCUUGAAGGAAACCCUACAGGAGUCGCAAAACAACUUAGCUGACUUAAAGGUUAAUGGGAGUGUAUUGUGUUCGUGGACUAAAGCUGCCAAGGGCGAACCAUUGGAACAAGACGAAACCAAGGAAGAAAAAUACGUGAAAAUGGAGAAAGACGCAGAUAGGUUUGCAGACGGUGAUGCGGACAGUGUUAUGGUUAAUUGCUCAUCCUCAAUGAAAAGUGGCAGCGCUUUAGAUGAAGACAUGAAGGACGAAGUACAUAAAGGUUCGCCCAAUAAUGAUAACCUAUUCAAUGUAGGCGUGGCUGAAGAGAUGGGGUCGGAUAUACCGAGAACCAAUAGCCCAAGCGAGGAUGACUGCAAAACGAAGCGAAUCUUUGCACGAGAGGUUAAGAAGCUCGAAAUUAACGUGUGUGAAAAUGUGGUCACUUCUGAUGUUGUCUUCGCGCUGAAGAAAAAAGCAUUGAAGGUAGGAGCAUUUCAGGAAGAUCUGUCUUCAUCGGUUAUCUCGCCUGGAACAACAGAUACCUUCGAGGGAACUAACCCACAAAAAAUGUCUAUCCAGGAUGGCUCGGAUCCUUCGAGUAGUAUUGACGAUGACUCCAGCAAGGAAAAGGCAUACGGCUCAUCAAACAUGGGUGAAGCCGCAAUAGAAUUAGUCCUUCCAAAAAACAAGAUCAAUGAUUUAUUAAUCCGUGAUGCCCACAAAGAGGCUAGUCUAACCGACAACAACAGCAGCAAUAACAACAACAAUACUAGUAACCAUAGGAGCGUAGAGCAUCCGGUGAGGGGGACUAAUAGGUCUCGCACAGCUCUUAUUCACACACCGGCUGGGGAUGAGAGCGAGAGCGAAGGUUCCGUCUAUCUGCCGCCGGCUGGAAGUAACUGUUAUAUAGAAUAUGGAGCGCGGACUGGACGAAGGACUUCAAGAAUGCGCACCCGUGGAAAAAGAACUCGAGGUGAGUCAGGUGGCUCUCUAGUUGGAGCACACGAACGGUUUAAUAAGAUAGCCCGCAGCGGUCAAGUACCCCAAGGAGCCUGGGAAGGACGUGAUGAACUGCGAGGACCAAAACGCACUGUGGAAGAGACUCUUAGAGCGCGUCACGUUGAGCUACGCGGAUGCAAGGUGCUUGUACAAAUGGCUGAUCUACCCAAGGACUUUGAAGUUUACUGGAGCGAGGAAGACGUGCAAAGACAGCUCGAAGAGGCAGAAAGAGAUGAAGCCAAUGAGACUCUUAAGCAACUUGCCCAGAUGCUCGCUUCCAACGAAGGUGAGAUACUGACCCAGCGCAAACAGCUGCUUACGAGUUUGUUGUAUCACUGGAAGGCCGAGAAGCAUGUUUCUCUCCUGGCAUCAUACGCACCUAGUGCCAAGGUACGAAACAUUUUUUGCAUUAACAGCAGCAACACGGACCCGCGUUCAUCACUGGAUAACGUUUCUUCAGUCGGCUAUGUUGACGGAACUGCAGCUACUUGCCAACAACAGCUUCAACUUCAACGACAAGACACCACGGCGGGAAUUAAAGCAAGUAGCAUAACUACAAUAGAAACGGGGACAUCGUCUCCAUCAGCAGAAACAAGUGACACUACUGCAGUAAAAGAUUAAUAGACAUCUGCACACCACACACUUUGGAAUUGAGCGGAAUAGAAUACGGCUGUAGGAUACACCGACAAAACAUGCGCGAUACUUGAGAGAACAGUCGUUCUGGUUUAAGUUGUGUUGAAUAUAUUCUAAAAAUGUUUUUUAUAAUCAGUUAUAAUUCAAUGUUGUGUACAGAUUUUAGCGUAUCCUUCGCCCUUCAGAGCCUCUCACAAACUCAGUGUAUACGUGGAUGUGAAAUGUGUAAUCUUCUAUGCCGUACUGUAUCGGCAAAACUUUCGGCAACGAUACUAUCAGGAGUAUUUUUAGUGAGUGUUAAAUUUUACCAGUUGUUUAAAUAAGAACCCGUGUGUCGUAAAAUAAGUCGUGUGUCAGUAAUCAGUGCGAAAUCUGCACUGGUGUAUGGUUCUAUGGGAAUAUCCGUUGUGGUGCUGCACCGAUUAAUUGACCAAUGGGAAACGUGUAACAAUGAUAUACAAGAGCAUACUCUUCUUUACAAGUGUGUACAUUUAUUUUGAGCGAUAAAAUUGGCAGAUAUGAUAAGGGAAAUAGUCCUCGCUAAACCAGCUCUUACAGUACGUAAAUGAAAAGCCUGGUCUCAUUAUACAUGAUGAGCAAUGACUUCAGCACAAUGCGUGCUGCGAGAUUAUAAUGUUAUGAAUGCUGCACGGAAAUGAUAACCAAAUAAUUAACGUUCGUAUGAAUGUGUACAGUAUAGACCCAACAAAAAACAGACACUUGUAUAUAAAUUUAAGGUUAAAGAGAAUGGCUUCUAAAUUCAUAAAUUUUUUCAUUUUCCAUGGGGCGAGAAAACUGCUGCUGACAUUUAGGUGAAUAUAGUGCAUUGUACAUAAUGUUGUGUAUAGAAAAAAACUGUUAUGGAAACAGGUAUAUGGCCACAUAGCUAAAAAAGGACAUCAGUUGCAACAAAACAACAGCAAUGUGUUGCCAUUUACUCGAUUAUUCUUAGUAUCGCAUAUUAUUAAUAUGGAUAUCAUAAUUACACAUUAUAUGGUUGUUUAGUGCGAUUUCCGCUCUCAUCUCAGUUAUUUUCUUUCGUUUUUGUAGCGUCAAGAAAAAUUCGAUUUGAGAACGUCAUUAUCAAGUGUAUUGUUUAUGCACUUAUAAUAAUAAAAGUUUAUUGGGUUUUCAGUAAGUUAUUUCGCUUGAACCGUAUGUUAAAAAUAAGCAUAGAGUAAGAUAAUUUUUUUAAAUUUUAAAUCAAAAUAUUUUAUGAAGGGAAUACUGUUUCUUAAUAAACAAAAUAGGCUACCGUUGUCUUAUAACGUGCCGCGCCUCUUCAAUCUCAAUUAUUGAACGUGAUAAAAGCGUUGCUGCUAAAAUAUGCUUAAUUGAAAGUCUAUGUCAAAUGAGUAGCUUCAUAUUUUACAAUAACGGCAGCGUUAGACAAGUAACUCAGAAUAGUAGAUACUCCGGUGAAAUACGCUCAGUUAACUUGAUUUUCGUAUAAAGAAUUGUAGUUGGCAGUUACACGUGGUAAACACUUCUUACUAGUUAUUGUGGCCGAAACAAAAAUAAGAUUGUUUUU